ACCCAUCUUCAGAUGAGCCGCGUGUGAAAAAUCAUGAGAAAGUUUAGCAUCUUCUUCAUGUGGGUGUCUGUCGAUCUGCUGCUGCUGGAGACUUCAUUAUGUGCUGGAGACUCAAGUGUUGUGAAUCCCUGUUGUUACUACCCGUGUCAGAACUCAGGCGUGUGUGUGAGGUUUGGUUCCGAACACUACAGAUGUGACUGCACUCGCACUGGCUUCUAUGGAGAAAACUGCACUGUUCCUGAGCUCAGGACCAGGAUUCGUCUCAUGCUGAAGCCGAGGCCGACGAUGGUUCAUUACUUCCUCACCCACUUCCAGUGGUUCUGGGACGUGGUCAACAACUCUUUCCUGCAGGACAUCUUCAUGAGAUUGGUGCUGACAGUCAGAAGUGAACUUAUUCCAAGUCCUCCGACCUACAACACCAAAUAUGGUUACCUGAACUGGGAAAGCUACUAUAACACGUCCUACUACACCCGCCUCCUCCCUCCUGUACCUGAAGACUGUCCUCUGCCCAUGGGAACUAAAGGUAAACCCGUUCUCCCGGAUCCCAAAGAGCUGAGCGAGCGUUUCUUUAAAAGAAUCAAAUUCAGGCCCGACCCCCAGGGAACCAAUCUGUUGUUUGCCUUCAUGGCUCAACACUUCACUCACCAGUUUUUCAAGACCAACCACGACGUUCAAGUUGGCUUCACCAAAGCUUUGGGACACGGGGUGGAUGCGAGUAAUAUUUAUGGAGACAAUCUUUCACGACAGCUUAAACUCCGGCUUCACAAAGAUGGAAAGUUGAAAUAUCAGUUAGUUAAUGGGGAGAUGCACCUUCCCACAACAUCUGAGGUCCCCGUGCACAUGGUCUACCCUGAAAGUGUUCCUCCUGAGCAGCGUCUGGUGAUCGGUCAGGAGCUAUUUGGCAUCCUGCCGGGUCUCACCAUGUACUCCACCGUGUGGCUGAGGGAGCACAACAGAGUCUGUGACAUCCUGAAGGCCGAACAUCCCACCUGGGACGACGAGCAGCUCUUCCAAACCACCAGACUCAUCAUCAUCGGCGAGAUCAUCAAGAUCAUCAUAGAAGAGUACGUGCAGCACCUGAGCGGUUACCUACUGAAGCUCAAGUUCGAUCCCUCCCUGCUCUUCAAUGAGCGUUUUCAGUACAAUAACCGCAUCGCCAUGGAGUUCUGCCAUCUCUACCACUGGCACCCGCUGAUGCCCGACAGCUUCCUCAUCGACGGAGAUGAUAUCCCCUACUCCAAGUUUUUGUAUAACACAUCUAUGGUCAUGCACUACGGGGUGGAGAAACUGGUGGAUGCUUUCUCUCGACAGCCUGCAGGACAGGUCGGUGGAGGUCGCAACUCUCAUCAAUUUCUUCUCAAAGUUGCGGAGAUGGUGAUCAAAGAGUCCAGAGCGGCCCGUGUGCAGCCAUUCAAUGAAUACAGGAAGAAGUUUAACCUGAAGCCAUACACCUCCUUUUAUGAGUUUACUGACGACAUAGAAAUGGCGAGAGGUUUGGAGGAACUCUACGGGGACAUCGAUGCUCUGGAGUUUUACACCGGAGUCCUGCUGGAGAAAGCUCGUCCUAACAGUAUAUUUGGGGAGAGCAUGGUGGAGAUGGGGGCUCCCUUCUCCUUGAAAGGCCUGCUGGGAAACCCCAUCUGCUCCCCUGUGUACUGGAAGCCAAGCACGUUCGGGGGGGAAAAGGGCUUCGACAUCGUCACAACGGCCACAUUGAAGAAACUGGUGUGUAUCAACACCAAGUGGUGUCCAUACGUGGACUUCCAUGUCCCACGAAGUGAGGAGGAGGCAAAACCAAUGAAACCAUCUACUGAACUUUAACGAAUAUUCACCUUGUGAUGUGCAACUUCAACAAUCACAAUUAGUUUGUUACAGAUUACAUGUAAG